AUGUUGAGAGUUAUUCUCUGCACAGCGUCACUUCUCCCAGUCGUCGUGGUGGUUCAAGGUGUUGCCAACCCAGCCGGUAACGCGAGCGACCUCUCAGUCUUCCAGAGUGAAUUCCUAUGGUUGGUGGUCAUGGGCUUUAUCGUGGGCUUUAUCAUGGCGUAUGGUAUCGGUGCUAAUGAUGUUGCUAAUUCCUUCUCUGCAUCGGUUGGUGCCAAGUCUAUUACUCUCAAGCAAGCGGUGUUGUUGGCUGCGGUCUGCGAGAUGGUUGGCGUUAUUGGUAUGGGAGCUUCUGUGACUGACACUGUACGUAAGGACAUUCUUAACCCGGAUUACUUUUUGUACAACCCCGAUUUAUUAAUGUUGGCUAUGUUCUCGGCUCUUACGGGUGCUGGUGCGUGGCUCAUUCUUGCGACAGUCAUGUCGUUUCCUGUAUCGACUACGCAUUCCAUCAUAGGAGGACUGAUCGGUGUUGGUAUGUCCGUGAGUUAUGACGCUGUUGAUUGGUUCUCGAUCUUGAUGGUUGUUGUAUCGUGGAUAACAUCACCAUUCUUAGCAGCAGUUGUUGGUGGCUUCUGGUUCUUGUUAAUCAGAACUUUUAUAUUACGCAAGGGUGAGAAGGCUGCCAAAUAUUCCUACCGUUUUUACCCGCUACUCCUCCUCAUCGUCUUCAUCAGCGUGUGUAUGUUCAUUAUGUUCAAGAACUCUCAAAAACAGCUGAAAUCAUUUGUGUCUGACCACCCAGUGUUCGCGGCAUUGAUCGCUGUUGGUAUUGGCGUUAUUCUGGCCUUCGUAACGUACAUCGCGACCUAUCGUUUGGUCAAACGUCGGAUUAGAUCCGCGCCGGAAAUUGCUGAGUUACCAUUACCGGCUACCGCCCCGACUACUCGUGAGGGCACUGCGUCGGGUAGUGAAGAAGAAGGUGUGGUUUCUACAGAGAGUGUGGUACAGACGAAAAAGUUUGGUUAUAAUAGAGAUCUACAUUCUGAGGCACGCGACGGUGAUGAUAAUGUUGCUGUUAUACACGACAAUGCGGAGGUGUUCCCACCGAAGGCUGAGGAGACUUUCAAUAUCCUACAAGUUGUUAGUGCCUCCUUUGCCUCGGUGAGCCAUGGUGCUAAUGAUGUUGCCAACGCUAUCGGUCCUAUUGCUUCUAUAUGGGGUACUUGGCAAACUGCUGAUGUCGUUUCCAAGGUUGACAUUCCUUUUUGGAUCCUCUUAUUUGGUGGUGCUGGUAUUGUCAUCGGACUGUUAACGUAUGGUUAUAAUGUUAUCAGAACUGUUGGUUGUUGUCUUAUUAAGGUAAGUCCAGCUAGAGGAGCUUGUAUUGAGCUUGGCUCGGCUUGGGUCAUUCUUGUUGGCUCUAACCUUGGUAUACCAUUGUCAACAACUCAUUGUAUGGUCGGCUCCACUAUUGGUGUUGGACUAUGUGAGAAGAAUGGUCGAGAGAGUGUCAAUUGGGGCCUUUUUGGUAAGAUAAUUGUCGCUUGGAUUUUCACUCUAAUCUUUGCUGCUCUCACAUCGAGUGCAUUAUUUGGAUUUAUGUCAACGAUCUACCAUCCGAUACUGAGCGAUGUGAUUUGUUCGUCGGGCCAGAAUCUGGUUGAUGUUUACACUGGUAUCCCCGACGUUUUCCCACAGUACACUACUGCUGGUCUAUCUAAUGUAUUCAAAUCCGUUGAUACCAAUAAUGAUGGUUUUCUCUCAUUGGAAGAGUUGGAAACUGCUGGUAUGGGUCUUACGGCAUCAGGGAAGAGUCCGAUUGAUGCUUAUGGUGAUGAUGAUGUUGACUAUUUGACCAUGGAUGAAUGGUUAUCGUGGCGAUGUGUUGGUAAGACUGAAUUGACGACUCUCUCGGAUCGAUCUUGUGAGCCGCUGUGCGCCACUGGAUUCUCGUUAUCUGAGCCUCUCCAGUGCUCUUUAGUCAAGGGAGAGACCCUCACUGGUGGCUAUUCACAGUCGGCCUUGUUAUCGAUCCCCUCAUGUCAGCCUGUUGGUCGAUAA